AUGGUUGGAGCCUCUGGCUGGAUCAUCGUUCCCGAUUGGGAUAUUGGACUAAAACACCAAGAGUCAAUUUACAAGAAGGGGGUUUUGGAGGAAGAACCAUCUGGUGGUAUGAAUAUGAUAAAGCUCCCCAGAGAAGACUGGGGAUGUGGUCACCUGGAGGAGAACCAGGAAGACCUCCAGGCUUUGAGGCAAAUGGUAUACAUCCAAUUAAAGGCAUUUGCUCUAGAGAAGGCUACUGCCUGGCAUGAAGUUGGGGAAAACUGUAAUCUGAGCACAGACCUUGUUUUGUCACAGGGAGGUUCUGUAGGAAGACACUUCCGUGACUGUGGCCUAGAUCUGAGUUUGGUAGCGAGUCCAUACUUAAACCAUCACCAGAUGAGAUACACAGACCACGGACUCUGUGAAAGUAAUGAAUGUGGGAAAGACCUCAGCCAAAAUUGUCCCCUUAGGCAACACAAAAGACCUGAAACAUAUGCAGAAAGUGGGAAAUCAUUUAGUCAUCAUAUACAACUUACAAUAUGUAGCAAAACUAAUGCGGUGAAGAAACCCUAUGAAUGUUCCCAGCGUGGGAAAGUGUUUAACCGGAGGCAUUCGCUGAGUGAACACCAGAGAAUUCCUACAGGAGAGAGACCAUAUGAAUGUCAGGAAUGUGGGAGGACCUUUACACACCACUCAACCCUCAGUCGACAUUUGAGAACUCAUAGUGGAGAGACGCCCUAUGUGUGCAGUGAAUGUGGGAAAGCCUCCAACAGGAUUUCAUCUCUUACCCAGUAUCAGAGGACUCACACGGGGGAAAAGCCCUAUAAAGGCUAAGACUGUGGAAAAUCCUUCUGCCAGAGUUCUUACUUGGUCUUGCACAAGCGAACACAUACUGGUGAGAAGCCCUAUGAAUGUAAUGAAUGUGGGAAGGCCUUCAGCACUGACGGCUCAUCACUUAACCAGCACGAGCGAACUCACACUGGUGAGAACCCCUAUGAAUGCAAUCAAUGUGGAAGAGCCUUUCCUUUGUCCUCCCUGGUUAGGCAUGGGAGAACUCACACUGGAGAGAAACCCUAUUGCUGUAAUAAAUGUGGAAAAGCAUUUGGCCAGAGUUCUUCCCUUGUCACACACCAGAAAACACACUAGUGAAAAAAAACAUAUAAAAUCAUUGACUGUGGGAAAGCUUUUUUUUAUAAGAGCAGCCACUUUAUUGCAUUUUAG